AGUUACAGCAGACGUAUAGCGGAGCGGUUAUUUUAUCAACAUGGCUGCUUUGCAGAUCAAGGAUGGGGAGUACACGGCCACCAUCUACAGACUGAUAAAAGAAGGAAGAUAUGGUGAAGCAAUCCAAAUACUUAGUCAUGAACUUCAGAAACAGUACAGGUCAAGAGCUGGCUUGUCUCUUCUGGGCUAUUGUUAUUAUCAAAUGCAAGACUUUGUCAAUGCUGCAGACUGCUAUGAGCAACUUAUUCAAAUAAGCCCAGAAGUAGAAGAAUACAAACAAUAUUAUGCACAGUCUCUAUACAAGGCAUGUAUGUAUCCAGAAGCCAUGAAAGCAACAUUUCUUUUGGAAAGCCCUGAAUACCAAAGCAAGGUGCUGAAAUUACAAGCUUCUAUUAAAUACGGGGAAGAAGACCUUUCAGGAGCUAAGAGCUUAGUAGAACAGAUACCUUCAGAUGAUCCAGACAGUGAGAUUAACAUGGGAUGCUUAUUGUACAAGGAAGGACAAUUCGAAGAAGCUUGCAAAAAAUUCAUCACUGUAAUGCAAGUCACUGGCUACAAACAAGAUUUAUCUUAUAACAUUGCCUUGUGUUACUAUAGUAUGAAGCAGUAUGCACUUGCUUUAAAGCACAUUGCAGAUAUAAUUGAACGUGGAAUAAGAGAACAUCCAGAGCUUGGAGUUGGUAUGGGAACAGAUGGCAUUGAUGUCCGCAGUGUUGGAAACACUCUGGUGUUGCAUGAAACUGCGUUAAUUGAAGCAUUUAACCUCAAGGCUGCUAUUGAAUACCAGUUAAAGAACUAUGAAGCAGCACAAGAUGCUUUGACAGACAUGCCUCCACGAUCUGAAGAGGAGCUUGACCCAGUUACUCUUCAUAACCAAGCUUUGAUUAACAUGGACGCCAAACCAACUGAAGGGUUCGAGAAACUUCAGUUCUUGUUGCAGCAAAAUCCCUUCCCUCCAGAAACAUUUGCCAACCUUUUACUUUUAUACUGCAAAUAUGAGUACUAUGAUCUUGCAGCAGAUGUGCUUGCUGAAAAUGCUCAUCUGACCUACAAAUUUCUCACUCCUUACUUGUAUGAUUUUCUGGAUGCCAUGAUAACCUGCCAGACAGCACCAGAGGAGGCUUUUAUUAAAUUGGAUGAGCUUGCUGGAAUGCUCAUCGAACAACUGAGAAAAUUAACAAAACAAGUACAAGAAGCAAGACAUAACAGAGAUGAUGAAGUUCUUAAGAAAGCCGUGAACGAAUAUGAUGAAGCCCUGGAAAAAUACAUCCCUGUUUUGAUGGCCCAAGCAAAAAUUUACUGGAACAUGGAGAACUACCAGAUGGUGGAAAAGAUCUUCCGUAAAUCAGUAGAGUUUUGCAAUGAACACGAUGUCUGGAAACUGAACGUGGCUCAUGUACUUUUCAUGCAGGAAAGCAAAUACAAGGAGGCCAUUGGAUUCUAUGAACCUAUAGUAAAAAAACACUAUGAUAACAUCUUGAAUGUCAGUGCUAUUGUUCUGGCUAACUUGUGUGUUUCCUACAUCAUGACCAAUCAAAAUGAAGAGGCUGAAGAACUCAUGCGGAAAAUUGAAAAAGAGGAAGAGCAGAUUGCCUACGAGUACCCAAACAAAAAAAUCUACCACCUUUGUAUAGUAAAUUUAGUUAUUGGAACUCUUUACUGUGCUAAAGGCAAUUAUGAAUUUGGCAUUUCUCGCGUUAUCAAAAGCUUAGAACCGUAUAAUAAGAAGCUGGGAACAGACACGUGGUACUAUGCUAAGAGAUGCUUCCUCUCUUUGCUGGAAAAUAUGUCAAAACACAUGAUCAUGCUACGAGACAAUGUCAUCUAUGAAUGCAUCCAAUUUUUGGAACACUGUGAAAUUUAUGGGAAAAGCAUACCAGCUGUAAUUGAGCAGCCUUUGGAAGAAGACAGGAUGCAUAUUGGGAAGAACACAGUCACUUAUGAAUCCAGACAGCUGAAAGCAUUAAUCUAUGAGAUAACCUCCUGGAACAUAUAAAAUCAUAUACUCUAGUUGGUUUCAUUGCGAAACCU